ACACUUCCUGGUGUUUUCCAGCUGGCAGACAAGUCGAAAAAAGACGUCUGGGCUGUGGCGGCAGCGAUAAAAUAUUUGAUCGGGGUUUAAGUAGUUGCUUUUGAUAAAAAUGAAUCGUAUUUUUGGUAAGGGGAAAGCCAAGGGUCCGCCGCCGAACCUCUCGGACUGCAUCAACAGUGUGGAUUCUCGGACGGAGUCUGUAGACAAGAAAAUAGCCCGACUGGACGCUGAGCUGGUCAAGUACAAGGAGCAAAUGAAGAAGAUGAGAGAUGGACCGUCAAAGAAUAUGGUCAAACAGAAGGCUAUGCGAGUCCUGAAGCAGAAGAGAAUGUACGAGGGCCAGCGAGACAACCUCAUGCAACAAUCAUUUAACAUGGAACAAACCAACUACACCAUUCAGAGCCUUAAAGACACUAAAACCACGGUGGAUGCCAUGAAAGUUGGCCUUAAAGACAUGAAGAAAGCAUACAAGCAAGUAAACAUCGGCAAAAUCGAGAACAUUCAAGAUGAUCUGGAGGACAUGAUGGAGGACGCUAACGAAAUCCAGGAAGCGCUGGGGCGCAGCUACGGCACACCAGAGAUAGACGACGAUGACUUGGAAGCGGAGCUGAGCGCCCUCGGAGACGAGUUCCUAAUGGACGACGACAGCUCCUACUUGGACGAAGCAGCUACGGCGCCGUCCAUUCCCGAAGCCCUGCCUGGCUCAAAGUCUAACAGGGAUGGCGUUUUGGUGGAUGAAUUUGGUCUCCCACAGAUUCCCGCUACAUAAACGUUUUACAUGUAAUAUAUCUUUCUAUUUAUCCAACUGACACUCCGCGGAAGCAACAAGAAAAAAAUCUAACUACUUCAUCAUUAUUCUUUUUAUAAUAAUCAAUGGUGGAACUCUUUUAUUCUUGCAGAACACAAUAAAUUGUAUUUUUCAAACAAUC